GCCACGGGGAAGGUCGUGGAGGACGUGCCCGUCGAGUUUGUGGGCGACGAGGAGAUCUGCGCCAUUGUGGGCAGGAGGCUGAGCAUGACGGACUGCAUCCGCAAGGGCUGGGUGCUCGACGGUUUCCCGAAGACGAAGGCGCAGGCCAGCCUCGGGGGCAGUCGCACCUCUGGCCGACGCGCCUGGUGCACCUGCAGGCCCCCGCCGCCGUCGUGCAGCAGCGCGUGGCCACGAGGACAGUCGACCCGGAGACUGGGCUUGCCUACUACAAGCCGCCUCAGAGUCCAGCCGUCGCCGAGAGGCUCGUCAAGGCCCCGCACGACUCGAACGAGCAGGUGCAAAAGCGCGUGAAGAUGCACGACGGCACCAUCCAGACAGUGAAGCAGAGCUUCCCGCUGGUGUCGUGCGACACGGACGGGACCCAGGACGCCACGGACGUCACCAGGGCCAUCCAGGAGUUCAUCGAGGCCGCGCAGGGCUGGGAGCUUGCCCAGGACCCGAGCAGCCAGGACGGAGCCUGA